AUGACAUUCGAGCACAAGGGAGAAGAUCUUACCGGUUCUCAUUCUUUGACGUGGCAUCAAUACCAGAGCAAAAUCUGUCAACGACGGUCUCUGAUUGAUGAACUUUCUGGUCUACCUGCAUGGCAUGCAUCUGGUAAGAAGAAGCAAACGGAUAUCAGCCAAUUCGAUCUCGCCGAUGUUAUGCACGUUUUCAAACCCAGACCUGCAGGCACACACAAGGUUUUGAGAUACGACACUCAAUAUGAUGAUGGUAUUCAUGUAUUCGGAUUUGUUGGACCUCGUAUCUGUACAUCAAGUUUCAUUCCCCCAUCCCUUCGAUACCCAGGUUUCGGUACUCUUCUUCCAAACGUUGGAAAAGGUCUUCUGAUCCACUUUUCGAGAACCAAGGGUUUUCUCGAUUUCUCAUUCAUUUUCGUAGACAUUAGUUAA